AUGGGCAUCAUAGAGCGUUCCCAGCUCCUACUUGCCCAGGAAGAUGUUAUCCCCCAACUGGACACCAGGCUCCGUCACCCUCAGCCGGCAGCAACGCCGGCGGCGCCGCUGUUGACUAACAAGGCACCCGAUCAUCUAAAAGAAGAUUCUACUCAGCUCGCUAGUCUCAGUAUCCCAACUGCAAAGGAUGAAAAUCUCACUGCAACCGUCCGAGGCACUGACAUACCAACACACGAUGCACAAUUUGCCGUUUGCGGGUGUCCUCUGCUGCUUAUCCCUCCGACCCAGGUCCGGACUCUGUUCCGUCAAAUCAACAAGGCGCUUGACUGCUCCUUACAUCUUCCAACCGAGGAACUCAGGGGCAUAGUUCUCAAUUUCAACCGCGAGGGCUUUCCUCAACCUACCUUCCUACGACAAUCGGACAGCCGUAACAUGAAAGACCGCUUGGAGGCAACUAUUCCCCCAAAACUAGAUAUUCGAGAUGGUUCCGGAGAUAUGGACAAGCAGGAGAUGAUUGUCUCUGAAAAGAUGAUGGAAGCAGCUGUAUCAUCGACAAAAUUUCAAGUCCAAAGCCAAGAAGCAGCGUCUCCGUAUUCAGCCCAUUCGCAGGUCACGGAAAUCGGUAUCUCAGCGCUGGAUACUCGCGAUCUUAUCGGCGUUGCACCAGACACGAACGGCGAAGAGUGGCAAUCGCGCAUUAAGUCUCGCCACCUACGAGUGAAAGAAUACGGAAAUCAUGCCAAACAUCUUGAAUGGGUUGCAUCGGAUGACCUAUCAAGCGCAGUCCAAGCCUGCUUCACCCUUCCUUCAUCCCUCUAUGGAGCCGACAAGAAACAACUCCGCCCGUUAGUGUUUGUUGGACACAGUCUAGACUCCGACAUUCAGUAUCUCAAGCUUGCGAACGUCCACAUUCAGGGGCACUCUGGAAUCUCUCAGUUCGUUGAUCGUAUUGACGUAGCAGCAUCCUUCCAGCUUCUCCGGGGCGAAAAGGAGCAACGCUCACUGGGCACAGUCGUCCGGGAGAUGGGAAUGACUGGGUGGAAUCUGCACAAUGCCGGAAAUGACGCCCGCUACACCUUGCAGGCUCUGGUAGCCAUGCUGAUAAACCACGGCGUUGGCGGGCUAACAGGCGGAUCGAACGUUGGAGAAACGCCUCAUAUCUGUGUCGAAAUGGGUGAUUAAGUGCACCGUUCAUCAUUCAGCACCUGUGUACUGUCAGGGAUUCUAAGGAAUAAGGCGGAAUUUGCAGGUGUGGCUGUUCUAUGCUCGGCAAGAGCUCGAGAAUAAGGGCAGUUGCCUGUUACGUACAAUGAUCCAUAUCUGAUCUUAGCAUUACCAAACGGAUAAAUUCACCG